GUGUUUCUUCUUCAGCUUCCACGUAGCGUAAACGUUCCGUGGAAGGACUAGACUGUAUGCGCUUCUAUAUCCGUUGGUGCUUGGCUUAGUUGAUCCCAAGUCGUGCUUUACUCAAAACCCCCAAGGUCGGCCUUUAGUAGAAUCACUCUCGUUCCUACUAGUUUUCUUGCCUUCUGCACUCUUCAAUCCUCCUUCCACUCAUUCAUACUUGGUGGUAGUAGCGACAGGCACAAGUCAAUCACAUACCCAUAUACCACAACCAGUCCUUCGCCAUGGACGACCGCAACAAUGGCACUGCCGCCUCCUCGGCUGCCGCAACCCCCUACCUCAGACCUGGCACUCCCGAGAGCGAGGCUAUCACCCCCGCCGCUAGAGCAAACCCUUUCGCAACUCCCUAUGGCUCAAUGCCCGUCUCAGCAGCUGGUUCCUCCACAGCUCUGCAACAACCCCAGCAGAGAUAUUUCCACUCCAGACGUGUGAAGAAGGGCGAAGUUGAGAAGCCUUGGCUCGAGAAGAAGGACCCCAAGGAGAAGUGGGUGACCAUCAUUCCCUGCAUCGGUAUCGCGAUCGGUAUCGCUCUUACUGGUUUCCUCAUCUACGACGGUCUGGCCAGUGUCACCAACCACACUUACUGCUCAGUCUUUGAGGAUGACUUCUCAAAGGGCUUCAACACCAAGUUCUGGAACAAGGAAGUAGAGGUUGGCGGUUUCGGCAACGGCCAAUUCGAGAUGACCACCAACACCGAUGAGAACUCGUACAUUAAAGACGGCGUCCUCGUCCUCAAGCCCACUCUUCAAGAUGCAAAGCUCAUUGAACAGAACAACGUCAUCGACUUGCUCGCUGAUGGUUCCUGCUCUUCCAAUAUCUGGUCCAACUGUAUCACCGGCACCAACGUCACCAACGGUACCAUUGUCAACCCUGUCAAGUCUGCUCGCAUUAGCACCAGAAAUGGUGUAUCCAUCAAGUUCGGUCGCGUUGAGGUUGAGGCCAAGCUUCCCGAGGGUGACUGGCUGUGGCCUGCUAUUUGGAUGCUUCCCAAGGACGAUGUCUACGGUGCAUGGCCUCGUUCGGGUGAAAUCGAUAUCAUGGAGUCUCGCGGAAACAACCACACCUACGCUCAGGGCGGUAAUAAUGUCAUGAGCAGCACUCUGCAUUGGGGUCCCAACUCUGCCAACGACGGUUGGUGGCUCAACAACAACAAGCACGCCGCUCUCCACACCACCUACUCUGCUGGCUACCACACUUUCGGUCUCGAAUGGUCCGAGAAGUACGUCUUCACCUACGUCGACUCUCGUCUUCUCCAGGUCAUGUACGUCAACUUCGACAAGCCUUUCUGGCAGAAGGGUAGAUUCCCCGUCAGUGACAGCAACGGCACCGCUCUUAUGAACCCCUGGGCUGCCACCGGCAAGGACAACACUCCUUUCGACCAAGACUUCUACCUCAUCAUCAACCUUGCCGUUGGUGGUACCAACGGUUGGUUCGAGGACGGUGCCUCUGGCAAGCCUUGGACCGAUGGCAGCACCCUGGCCAGAAAGGAGUUCUGGGAUGCUCGUGACCAGUGGUACCCCACAUGGGAGAAGAACGGACAGAUGUCCGUCAAGAGCGUCAAGAUGUGGCAGCAGAAGGGUUACAACGGUUGCUAGUAGAUUUUCUUACUCUUCAUUUUGAUAGCGCUUUUGUUUUCAUCUUCGGAAUGCGAUACCUCGGAGUUAUGGUCGACAUGGGUUCACCACAAAAGGGUGAUGAUAUGAAUUUUCAGAAUAUAGACAAGAAUCAUCAUUGUAAUUUUCACGAUCAUACACAUCUUCCA